CUUAUUUUCUUGACACAAACUUGACAGUUGCUGCUACUACAAAAUAUAACACCCUCUCUCUCUCUCUCUCUCUCUCUCUCUAUAAAUAAGCGUCGGGCAACAAGAACCAGAAGAAGAAGCGGAGAGCGAUCGAUCGAUCGUGAGAGAGAGAGUUUCAGAGUAUGAGUAGCGAUAAGGCUCCCAUUGCUGCUGCUUCUGCUUCUGCUGCUGCAGCCACCAAUGCGUUGAGUGGUAGUAGCGGGAGUGGCGGUGUUGCUGCUGCUAAUGCCAAUGCGAAGCUUCUUCAUCCUGGCGCUGAAUUCAGCAAGGGCAUCAAUGGCCUCGAGAAGGUCGUCCUCCGUGAUCCGCGUGGCAGUGUCGCCGAGGUGUAUUUGUAUGGGGGUCAUGUAACAUCAUGGAAGAAUGAUCAUGGAGAGGAAUUGCUAUUUGUUAGCAGUAAGGCUAUAUUUAAACCUCCAAAAGCUAUUCGUGGGGGAAUCCCAAUAUGCUUUCCUCAGUUUUCAAAUCUUGGUUCUCUUGAUGCGCAUGGAUUUGCUAGAAACAGAUUUUGGAGCGUUGACCCUGAUCCAUCUCCUUUUCCAACAAAUACCUCCAAUAAGGUUGCUGUUGAUUUGAUCCUUAGGCCUAGUGAAGAAGAUAUGAAGACCUGGCCUCACAGUUAUGAGUACCGACUACGGGUAGCUUUGGGACCUGGAGGAGAUCUGACGUUGAUAUCUCGCAUCAGGAAUACUAACUCUGAUGGAAAGCCAUUCUCGUUCACAUUUGCAUAUCACACUUAUUUCUCUGUUUCAGAUAUCAGUGAAGUUCGUGUAGAAGGAUUGGAGACCUUGGAUUAUCUUGACAACUUGCAGAACAGGAAACGUUGCACUGAACAAGGUGAUGCUAUAACAUUUGAAUCAGAGGUUGACAAAAUAUAUCUCAGCACUCCUACAAAGAUUGCAAUUUUGGAUCAUGAGAAGAAGAGAACAUUUGUAAUACGCAAAGAUGGUCUUCCAGAUGCUGUGGUGUGGAAUCCCUGGGAUAAGAAGUCGAAGGCUAUGGCUGAUUUUGGAGAUGAUGAGUACAAGCAUAUGCUGUGUGUGGAGGCUGCUGCUAUUGAGAAACCUAUCACACUGAAACCUGGAGAGGAGUGGAGAGGAAGGCAGGAGCUUUCAGCUGUUCCUUCCAGUUACUGUAGUGGGCAACUUGAUCCUCGAAAGGUUCUCCAGGGCAGCUGAAAGUUCCAUCAUUCUGGCCUAUAUUUUGUACAGGUAUUUUGUUGCAAAUGUACAUGGGUCGGGACAAGAAAUUCUGCCCACUAUUUUCGCUCCGAAAUUUUUCUUGUGUUGGGUGAAAUGAUGGAUUCAUGAGUACAUAGGACUUGAGAUAAUAUGUUUUUGUUUAGUGGAUGACAUUUUCUGUUUAGACUGGAACAAACCCGAGUACAAUGAUCACACUUGCUAUGGUGGAUGAGAGAUUACAUGUUUCUAUUAAAUGAAAUCUCUUAUAUGGGUAUGGGUUGAUAGUAGAUGUUCUCCUC